AUGUAUCUCAUCUUUCGGUUCUUUCUUAUCGCUUGUCUUCUCUUCCUUCUCUUCGUAGUACUUAUCAAAACACUUUUUUCUACUUCAAAACCACACAAAAAUCUACCACCAUCUCCACGAAGGUUACCAUUGAUAGGAAACCUUCACCAACUUGGUUACAACCCACACCGCACCCUCCGAGCCAUGGCUCAAAUCUACGGUCCGAUGAUGUUGAUUCGCCUUGGCACCGUGCCAGUGCUUGUAGCAUCCUCUGUUGAUGCAGCUCGAGAGAUUAUGAAAACCCAUGAUUUGAUCUUUUCAAACAGGCCGAAAUUAAACAUUCCCGGUAGACUUUGUUAUGGUUCAAAGGACAUAGCUUUUUCACAAUACGGAGAGUAUUGGAGGCAGGUGAAGAGUAUUGCAGUGCUCCAUCUUCUAUCAAACAAAAGGGUUCAGUCGUAUAGGGUGGCUUUGGGGAGGACAUACGAUGGGAAGAAAUUUAAGGGUUUGUUAGAAAGGUUUUUGGAGUUGUUGGGAAGCUUUACUGUUGGGAGUUAUAUUCCAUGGCUAACGUGGGUAGAUCGGUUGAGUGGACUAGAGCGAAGAGCUGAUGAGGUUGCAAAAGAAUUCGAUGAGUUUCUUGAGGGUGUUAUUGAACAACGUUUAAAUAAAAAAGGAGUUGGUGUUGUAACCCAAUAUCUCGUUGAUAUCUUAUUAGAAAUUCAAAAAGAUAACACGACGGGGUUUCGCCUUGAACGAGAUGCGAUUAAAGCUAUCAUCAUGGAUGUAUUUUCUGCUGGAACUGAUACUACGUUUACAAACUUAGAGUGGGCAAUCUGCGAGCUAUUAAGACACCCACAAACAAUGAGAAGACUGCAACAGGAGGCACGCGAAGUGGGCCAAGGAAAAUCAAUGAUCACUGAAGACAACUUAGACAACAUGCCCUACCUAAAAGCCGUUCUCAAAGAAACCCUGCGGCUACACGCUCCAGUCCCGCUACUCCUUCUUCGUGAAUCAACACAAGAUGUCAAACUACUUGGCUACGACAUCACAGCAGGAACACAAGUGAUCAUAAAUGCAUGGGCGAUAGCAAGAGAUGGUUCCACAUGGGAAGAACCUGAUAAGUUUAGGCCAGAGAGGUUUUUGGACAGUCCUAUCGAUUACAAGGGGCUUCAUUUCGAGUUGAUACCAUUUGGCGCUGGGCGACGAGGAUGUCCUGGCAUUCAGUUUGCCAUGGUUGUUAACGAACUUGUUUUCGCUAAUUUGGUGUAUAAGUUUGAUUUUUCAUCAACUGAUGGAGAGGAUUUGGACAUGAGUGAGAGCAUUGGUCUUACUGUUCGUAAGAAGUGUCCUAUUCUUGUUGUAGCAACUCCUCGCUGUUAGUAGUUGAUGGCUGUAUUAAUUUGUUUAAGUGGACUUUCAGAGGGUAUGCAACUAUAUACGAAUUAAAGGUCUUUAGUAUAUGCGAAACCUAUAUAUGGAAAAAUGCUCAAUUUUAUAUUUAUUAUAUACAAGUG